UUAUGACAAUACCACAGAAUGUUAUCAUCGUAAAUCUUCUUGUAUCUCUAGGUUCUUCUUUUUUUCUUCGUCCAGAGUUUUCCAUGGAAAUUAGAUACAAAAGACAAGAAAGAUUACUCGAUCAACCAGUGCUUGUGAGAAAUUGUGACAGACAACGUGAAGUUCUUAAUCACACUCCCUUUCUUGUUUAUCUUAGAUGUCAGAGUGUUCCCCAGAAUUCAAAAGAAAAAAAGAUGGAGGAAAAAGUUUGGACUGGACAACCUGUAUUUCCUAGAACCAUGAGUGUUGUUCAACUGAGACCAGAGGAGGAAGCUGAUCUGCUUGGGGAAGGGGGUGAAGGGGGAGAAGGGGGAGAAGGAGGAGAAGGAGGAGAAGGAGGAGAAGGAGGAGAAGGCAAACAUGUACCAAGACCCAUAUUUAGACUGAUUAAGCGGUCUAGCAGGUUCUGACUACUCCAUGGAGAAAAGUCUAGCGUGGCAUUGAAAAAAGAUAAUUUGUUGCAUUUAUUGUGAUGUCACAUAUGCGAUUAAUGAUUUAUUAGCUGAACAACGCACCAAGUGAGCUGUUGUUGUGUACACAAAUCACUCACUGUACUGUUGAACGAUUUUAAUGUUAAGUAAAAUUUUACAGACUUUGUUAUAAUAAUGCACGUUUUCAUUUUACAACCUUGACAUUUGCUGUACAUAUAAAUAUUUUCUUCUCAUCAACUAAAGCUGUAAUUUUUCUUAUUUGUAUCAAUUUAGUUGUAAAAGAUUAAAUAAUUGAUUGUUUUUAAGUAGAUGUAUUAACUCAUAUUCAAUUGGAUUUGAUGUUAAAGAAUAAAAUUUGAAGAUUGA